AUGUCUUACCGAUCGCUUCCGGAAGACCUGUCGAUCAACCAGCUCUCCGCUCCCAUACCUUCGGCAGUAUCACCACAACGCUGGCAUUGUCUGACUGCCUUCUUCUCAUCUGUUAAUCUGGACAGCACAGCGAUGACACAGCCAGAAUCCUCGGAUGUCCUAGGCACCGGAAGGCUAUCAUUUACGCUCGAUGCCCCUUUUCGAAGCAACAUGUAUGCUCAAGACACUACAUCUCAGUACGUUCCUGCUCAAUCGACAAUGUCGUCUACCGCAGCAGACUUCGCGCUGAGCUCGCUUGAAUACGGUGACGCUUCUCAGCUGUUCAAUGAUCCAAGCCUACAGUGGCCUUCAUCUUGCGAUCUUGCAACAGCUCAAACGGACGGUUCUCAUUAUCAGAUGUCCCAUCAGGCAUAUGCCUGCCAGCCGGAUGUCGGAAUGAGUUAUCCGAUGCACUCUCAAAAUUUCCGAUACGAAGUGGCUCCAACAGCCGGGUACUGUCUGCAGCCCGCUUCAGUCAACACGCAAGGCAGUUGCCCACGGAGCUUCUCAGACUUCAGCUUCCGCGGCCACAUUGGAUCGGUGGUGGAUGCAUACCCGCCGUCUGUUUAUCAACUCACACCUCAGAAUGCGGACCAAGAAGAGCUCUAUAGUCUCUUAGCGGGAGAGCCACCAACGCAUUUGAGCAAUGCAUAUGAGAAUGCUCCGCCAAGCCAGAUGAGAUCUGAUCCUGAGCGCGCGAUGCCAAGAAGACACUGGCGCCCAUUGACUGAGGAACUUGACAGCAAUUCGGGGAUAGUGCUUGACACGCCAGCCCCAGACGAUGGCACUAGGAGCGAAAGUGGCAUCGAAGAAGCUUCCAUAGACAAAGAAGAGCCCUACGCUCAGCUUCUCAACCGAUGUCUCAGGGAAGCACCGGGCCAUACGAUGAUUCUCCGAGACAUCUACCACUGGUUUGCCAGAUACACGGACAAGUCUCACAACAAAGAGACCAAAGGCUGGCAGAACAGCAUUCGCCACAACUUGUCGAUGAACGCAGCUUUUCAAAAGGUAGACUCAGCCGCCGGCCCCGAAACCAAGAAAGGAACCUCAUGGCGGCUUACCGAGGACGCAAUCCGAAACGGCGUCAAAUCCACAACGCGCUACCGCAGCAAGAUCCCCAACAAGCGCGGCGGACGCUCCCAGCAUCCUGCCCCGCAACGUCAAGCCUCCGGCGCCAAAGGCGGGCAAGCCGCUCGAAAAGCGGCGAAACUUCGACGAGCCGAGCGUCUGCGAGAGGCCAGCGGCGCCCAGACGGGUGACCCCUACGCAAUGCCGCCCACAUCAGCCCCUCCGCCCACGAUACCCGAAGCCCACCCGCCGCCAGACGCAGAGAUGUCCUACAGCAGCAACUUCGGAUAUCCCUACUUCGUGCCCGGCGCCUCAUCGCUCUCACCCUCGGACGCCCAGGCUCAGUUGCGCGCCCGAUACACGCCGUCCUCUGCGACGGAAUGGUCUUUCCCUGCGACGCCGGAACACUGCAACCUCGUUGAUCUCGUCAACAGCAAGAGGCCGUUCAACGGCUCACCGUUCUGCUAUAACAGCUCCGAGUCAGGGGAUGAACCCAUGACGCCGGCGUCGUUCCAGGAUUACAGUUUGGAUCGCGGGCCGGGCACGCCGUUUGAGGCGGUUGAGAGCGUUGAGACGGAUGUGCUGCAGUAG